AUGGCCGCCGCCGACAGCCUAUCCGCCCUCCCUGAUCAUCUGCUCCAGCACAUCCUGUCUUUCGCGCCGGCGAAGGAGGCCGCGGCCAGCACCGUCCUCUCUUGCCGAUGGCGUCCGCUCUGGCUCGGGACGAGCGCCAUCAACCUGGACAGCAGAACCUACCUCUCCUGCAAACACCACGACCGCUACGACGUCUUCUUCCGCGACGCCGAGGCCGCCUUCCUCUGCCUCCGAAGGCGGCUCACCGUCUUCCUUGAGAAAGGCGCCUACCGCCGCGUCGACAGAUGGGUGGACUACGGGGACGAGCCGGAAGACGAUGCCCGGGUCGCCGGUCUCCUCGUCAACAACCCGGCGGCUGCCGGACUGGAAGAGCUCCGCGUCCAGUGCGAGUAUACGGAAUAUGGAAAGUGGUACAGCCCGCCUCUCGCAUCCCUGUCCUGUGCCGCCACGCUCCGGGUGCUGCAGCUACAAUGCUGCAACCUCGAGCCUCCGUCGGAAGCGCCGUCGUCCGCGCACCUGGCUUUUCCACGCCUGACAGAUCUGACGUUGUACUGCUGCUCCCUCUCGGAGGGGUAUCUCCAGGUCCUGGUUGACGCCGCGCCGGCGCUAACUAGCCUGGCGCUCCGUUAUCUCAGACGUCACAAGUCACCCGAGACUCCGGGUUCUGCCAAGGUCUUCCAUGCAAAUUCUUUCCACGUUCCCCUCCGCCUCCGCUGCCGGACGGUCACCGCCUUGGUUCUCGAGACCAAUGUCUGCUCGGAGGAGAUGAAGCAUUCCCGCGACGCUGGCAUCGAGCUCGACAUGCCGAGCCUGCGCUACUUUUGCUUCCGGAGAGUCCCGGUAAAGCUCUCGCUGACAUCGCCUGCCCCAGAGCUGGCACUAGUCCAAGUCGACACCACUCUGAGCGAGCUCAAUGGGUGGAGGUACGUGCCCGUCUCGUGCAUGCUCGCAGGCUUCUCCUGCACGAGGGCCCUCAAGCUGCACCUCAGCUGCAUCGAGGACCUCGUCACCUCCUACCCACCUUGGUUGGAAGAGGAGCAGUGCAGGUUCAUCCUACCCACCUUCUCGAAUCUCAAGCUCCUCCAACUAGACGGAAAAAUCGAGGACAAGAACAGCAACACGGCGUCCGCAGUGAUGACGCUGCUCCGCUCCUGCCCAGCGAUGUCAGAGCUCCGGCUCAGAUUUAACAUGAGGAAGGAGGACUGCUACCGCACAACCAAGGAUCCUGUCACCAGCGCCUUUGCCCAAUCCAAGGAAAGGUUCAGCAGGUUCAUGUCCAUGUCCUGCAUAGACCGUGACAUUGUGGAGCUCGACAGGGUCACCGAUCUCCCGGAAAACAACCGGGAGUACAGCUUCCUGAGAACGAGCCUACGGAAGGUGACCCUGCAGUUCAAAUCCAAUGAGUUCAACUGCUUCCAGGUCCAGCUAGCCAAGUUCCUCGUGGAGAACGGCAUGGUUCUCGAGGAGAUGCACGUCGACGAUGGGAACCAGCUCUGGCCGAACCACCUCUGCAACAAGGCCGCGAGAUGGAGAGCUGAUGCUUUUCAGAAGAGAAACCUGCCAGACACGGCUGGCUUUCGGGUGUACCAACAACCAGCUAUCUAA